CUUCCGUAAUUCCGGGAUAUGUUAAUCAACUUACGGAAGUAAACAAUUCAUUCUAGUACUUGUCCCAUGGAAUACAAUAUUUUUCCGAAAACGUAGAUUACUUUUGUGCUUGUAAGAUAGAAUACAACAUAUUACUUUUGUAAAUGAGAUGAUGUUUCAAACAAUAACGUCUUGAAGAGAGACUAUGAUUAACAAUAUGAAUACCAACGAGGGACCAAAUUGUGAAAUUGUUGUCCAAAAUUUAUCAAAUAAAAUAAAAAAGAAAGGAAAAGAUCAACAGAAGCUGUAUACACUCUCCAUCAUUACAAUUAUGGUGUCCGUUGUUACGAUCGUGGUCUCCUUCCCAAAUGUUCUGGUGGGAACUCUGAUUAUGACAUUUAGAGGGAAUGUAAAACUUCCUCACUCACCCACCGGUACAAUAUGGUCUGGAGCACUGGUACUCGUAUGUGGCAUACAAUGCCUUUUGCUGUCCUGGAUGGGCAUUGGUUACAUUGAAAUGUCUUCCCCUUUUUCUUUAAGUCAGGUAAGUCACACUUUAAUGGAGUUUAAUGUGAUGUGUGAUGUCAUGCAUCUGCUAUAA